AUGGUUGAUGCUGAAAUAUUCGGAGCUAAGCCUAAGAUUUCCCGCACGCCUACCACCUCUUUUUCAAACCCCGCUUAUGAACACCUCGCUACCGAAUCUGAUUUGCCCGACCCAUCGUUGUUAGGCGACAAUUUAUUUGCCGAGUCCGUCCCCGUUAUUUCUCCCCGUAUUUCGGCACAGGCCACACAGCCAACCACAGAUCUUUUCACAGAGCGCUACGGCGAUAUUGACGCCCGUUACGCUGCUGAAUUUCCCGCAGUCACCAAAAAUCCUAUAGCUAAAGCAAAAAAUAGCAUCUCGAGUAGACUACGAUCAAAUCCUACCUAUAAAUUAGUUGAUCAAUUAGACAAAACCCCGCCGCGUAAAUCUUGGUUUAAAAAUAAAGGCAAUCAGAGUGAGAAAUCAGCCGCACAGUCUUUUCUCACGCGUUUAGUGUCACGUUUAUCACCAGCCCAGUCGUCAUUUAGUAGCACACCUGUCGGCCGCCUUUCACAGUCGUUUUCAAAUUACCUUGAUAAACGCUCCGCGGAUGGGAAAUCAAGUCGACGAGCAAAUUCUCCGCUUAUACCUCGACGUGAAAGAACCUUCGAACAAAAUCCUCCCGGAUUUGACCAGCCAAUUUCCGUUUCUGAAUCUUGCAUUGCACACGCUGAAAGAGAGACGGAACGAUUUCGAAUCGGGGGAACGAAAAAUUUGGAAACAGCUACGGGAGCUGAUGCGGGAUAUCAAGUGGACCAUCGACGACCCCAAGCCGAUAGAUCUGACGCAAGCCUUUUACACACUACAGUGUCUGACCCAUCUAGUGGAGAGCCAAACAACCCCGCCGACACCGAUUAUAUCGAAGAAGAGCAAGACGAUAUUGAAGGAGACGAAGGAGAUUUUUCUGACAUACACGAGGAGGAUCCUGACAUUUCAGCUAGGGCAAUAUCUGAGCUUGCGCACACUCGAAGAGUACGUUCCAAGGUAUCCAGCCGCCUUUUUGGGUUUCGUCAAGCGGGAAGAUAUAGCAAAUCGGGACGAAAGCGGGGACUAUCACGAAUUCUUACUAAAUCAAAUCGAGUUCAUGUUCGAUUUCUUACACGAAACGUUCGACACAUUUCAGAAGAUAUUUCUCGAGAACACACAGACUCUGAUUCAGUUCCUGAAGAAGCUCCACAAAAUCCAAUCGAUCAACAAUUUUCAGCCGGAAUUAAUACGCCUUCAGUACCGACUGGACAAUUUCCCAAGAAUCAACUGGCCGUGCGACAGAGAGGAGGUAGACGACAACAAAACACUAUUGGCAAAGACGAAACGGGAUCUUCAAAUCGUCCUCGAUUUCCUCCAAGCACCACCCCCACCGCGCCCAUCACAAAUAUCACGCCAGGCAGCAACCCCGUGCCACGCCCACUCCCAAACCCGCAGGGCCCAAAGAUACCGCCAACCCCGCAGGCACCUUCCAGACGACCGAGCAAGGGAAGGACCGUCUCAUUUCCAAUCUUUCCGCCAGUCAACCCCACUCCGACAAGUACACUAUCCGGCAGUCGAAGACGACACUCGCCACAACCUCCGCCACAUCAACGAACGGUUCAACCACGUCGUACGAUUUUAAAAGUUUUGACGCCAACUAUACCGUUGAAGCCAACUAAACCAUUGACGCCAACUAUACCGUUGCAGCCAACUAAACCAUUGACGCCAACUAUACCGUGGAAGCCAACUCUACCGUUGAAGCCACCUACACUAUUGACGCCAACCAUACCUUUGACAUCGACUACGAGCGCACUAGCGGGGAAAAUGGCAGCUAAUAAUUUACAAUCUUCCGCGUAUCCAGCCCUUGCAGACUUUCAAAGGGACCUUCACAUAAGGGCUAAUUUACAAUCCUUACCGUCUUUUACUGGAAAUCCACUUUCACGAUUCGACACAUGGUUGGAAUCGUUCGAGUCAAUCAUAUCUCGCUCAGAUUUGUCAGAAGAUGACGUAAUACUAGAAUUACAAGGGAAACUAACCGAUAAAGCGCAUAAAGUAGUCUGUGAAUACUGCAACUAUCGAGGCCAUGUCAAAGAUGAAUGCAGGAGACUUAAACGCGACACACUAGAUGGCGCCAGACCACCCGUAUGUUAUGCCUGCAGAGAAAUUGGCCACAAAUCGAAUCAAUGCCCGAAUCCCCCUUCAUCGCAAUGGCCUAAUAAACCAGGCCCACCACAGCAGCAGGAAAACCAGUAA